UGCAAACCGUGAACACAUCUCUUCCACACACACACACACAUCUCUUCUGCUCCUCUGCAAAGCAAAAAGCGAUCUUAAAAAAACGCAAAAAUGGCUCCACAGGCAAACAGCGAAAGCAGCGCAUUCGUAUCGAAGACGCAGCACUAUCUGAAGGUGAAGAAGCCGCUGCUGGAGCGACAGCGCCGUGCCCGCAUGAACAAGUGCCUGGACACGCUCAAGACACUGGUGGCCGAGUUCCAGGGCGACGAUGCCAUACUGCGCCUGGACAAGGCCGAGAUGCUGGAGGCGGCACUUGUCUUCAUGCGCAAACAGGUCGUCAAGCAACAGGCGCCCGUCUCACCACUGCCAAUGAAUAGCUUCAAGAACGGCUACAUGAACGCCGUCAGCGAGAUCUCCCGUGUGAUGGCCUGCACCCCGGCCAUGAGCGUUGACAUUGGCAAGACGGUGAUGACACAUCUGGGCGCUGAGUUCCAGCGCAUGCUUCAGUCCGAUCAGCCACAGGAGCCCGAGCAGCCAACAACCCAAUUGGAAUCCACCUCACGUCCUGCCAGUCCCGCCUCGUCGGGAUAUCACAGCGAUGCCGAGGAAUCCGAGGCGGCUGCCAGCCCCAAGCCAGAAUCCAUGUGGCGUCCUUGGUAAAUCAGCAACGACUUCGACUACGACUACGAAUCCUGUGCCUUCCAUUCAACGAAUACGAAUACGACUACGACUACGAAUCCUGUCUUCCAAUCAACAACAACAACGAAUCAUGUCUUCCAAUUGACUCGUGCAUACUGUGAUAACAGCUUUACUUAGCACUUAGGCAAACCCCAAGCUUUACUUAGAACUUAAACGAACCACAAGCUUUAAUAUUUAUAAGAACAAA